AUGCUUGACAUUGACCUCCGAAAUGAGGUCAAACGGGCGCCAGAACUAGUCUCCACUCACACCCGGCCGAAGAAUCUUGUCGAAGCGGGAUUCCUCGUGGAACGGUACGAGCGCUUGCUUGAGCAGGAAAAGGCAGAGCGCUCGCGGCUCCAUCCUCACAAGCACAGGGCUUCUCGUGGCGGGCACCGACCUCAUCAGAGACGACGGUCACAACGAAAUCCCUCUUGCCAUUCGCACUCCGAGGCCUACCAUGCCCCAAAGCGCAGGGGGUUCGUCCAAGUGGGAAGUCAACCCAAGAAUCGCUUGACAGACGCAGAACGCUAG